AUCUUCCGGUUUCAGUCACUGUUGUUUCUCCCAAAAACCUCGCACACGUAACAGUAAAUAAAGCACAAAAACUGAGUGUGCAUUUCUCGACAAGACUUUGCGGGUGCAUACAGGAAACAUGCCAACUUCCAACUUAAUCCACACCUGUCCACAGUGAGCUGCCCAGUGAAUGGGGGUCCAGCCGUAGCAAGAGUCUUCGGUUGUCAGACGAGUGUGAUUCUGGAAUAAUGACAUCAAAGCGCCAACAUCUCCAUCCCGACAAGCGCGGUGUAUGGGGAAUCGGCUCGUGAACGCCUCAUCAUCGUUCAGAAAGUCUACUUCUUGUUCUAUGGACAUGGGUAAAGUCUGAAAGCGCUCUCGGAUGUUUCCUGGUCAAACGGUGCCGAAACACAUUUCAAAUACAAAGGAAGGAGAGAUAAUCUUCUCUCGCCACCUGGAAAUUCGUAAAACCCGGAUUAGACUUUCAUUCGAUUCCUUUGGCGUUUGGCGGUCGGAGGGAAAACCCGGAAAUGAAACCGGAAGGAGAUUGUUUAAUUCUGCUUCAUGCAACACCAGUCUGUCAUUAUUAAAUGAUACGUGGAUAGUUUUGGUGGUUUAUACAUAGCUUUUUAACUAAGAAAUUUUGUACUUAUGUUGUGCUGUUUUCCUUUAAGGCAAAUAGAAUAAACGACAUCCUGCAAGCUUUUGAAAUCAACCUAGCAAAACAUGUCUGCGUCAUUCGGCGGGACGUCCCUACCCAUUUGUCAUGGAGCUAAGGAUGGUUUUGUUAAAGUGAGGAAAAGAGACCUAGAAAAGUUAACUACAGAGGUGAUGCAGCUGCGGGAGUUCCUGCCCAGAGUUGUGAAUGGGAAGCUGAUUGAGAUGCUUCACAAAAUUCGAGCAACACAAACAGUGAAGGAGCAUCUUACACAGGAGCAGGAACAUUUGCGUCAGGAGUGUCUUCAUCUUCAGUCCAGACUGGAUGCGGUACAAACCGAAUGCCAGAAGGAGAGAGAGGAGAGAUGUUUGUUACGUGAGCAGCUCUGGCAGACUCGAGCUGAGGUGCAGCAGCAGACAGACUUCUGCUCCAGUCUGGGUUCUGCAGCCUGCAGUCUGCUGUGGAACUGCUCUGCAAGAGAGGACACAGUUAAACAUUGGCUGGCUGACGGAAACCUGCAGGCCUUUCUGGUGGUAGCGACUCAGACUCUGGAGAGCUUUGUUAGGACUCUGGAUGAAACAGCAAAGAGUUCACUUGUGGAACACAACACCCAAGAGUAUCAGUUUGUUUUGGCGCUAGCUGGAACCAUUACUAACAUUGCGGCUGUAACCUGUGGACGGGACUUCCUACUGGCACAUGAUCUGUUGGACACACUGAUAAAGCUGUUAGAACUGAUGAAGCCGGGUGUCUUCCCAAAAUUGAAAGUGUUGGUGCUAAUGGCACUUUAUAAUGCCAGUAUCAGUGUGACGGGGCUGAAGUGCAUGAGUGAGAACCCAGGACUGCUGCCUCUUAUUUGGACUCUUCUUGAGGACAGAUCCUGGGAGGUGUGCCUGCACUCCCUGCGUCUCCUGCAGUCAGUGCUGAUGGAAGAUGGAGUGCAUGACCGUCUGGCCACCGCUGUAAUGGAUUUGGACCUCCAGGCCCGUAUUAGCCGACUUACCUCCAGUGUUGAGCCGAGUUUGAGAUUGAUAGCGCAACAGACCUUGGAAGACAUCCAGGUGCUCAAACAGGGUCGGGGAUGUGAACAGAACAACCUGUGACAUGCCUUAGUGCUUUUCAACCCUCUAUUUCUCUUUUGAUCAGUGUGUAUUGUUCUGGGGUACAGAGGAAUUAGAACAGUUACAUGUUUAAUUCAUUGUUCAUAUUUUGUCCCAAAAAGCCUUUUCUGUUUAAAGAACUGGAACUGUUUGACUUGGAUUGUGUCAUUUUUGUGAAAAUAAUCAUAUUAGAGGUCUGUGCAAAGAGCAUUAAAGAGGAUUUUUGCCCACUUUCAACUCACAUGUACUUUGUUUCACAAAAAAUGUGGUUCUUAGUUACUGUGUUUAUACUUUAGUGCAACUACAGUUCACAAUAUGUUAAAUCAGAGGUGUGCAAAGUGCAUCCCGGAAGCCAUUUUCGGCCUGCAGCUAAUUUUUAUAGGCCCAUGGCAUCUUCUAAAAAUACAAUUUAUUCAUUAUUAUAGAUACCGGUAUAUAUUAUUAGAUAUUGCACUGUUUUGCUUUGUCACCUGUUUUUAUUCAGAAAGCUUAGCAUAUAUUGACUUACAUUGGAUUGGUUGUCUCAUCUUUAAUGUACAAAAUGUAUCCAAGUGCUCCCUCACCCCCCGUAUUCCUUCAAAGGUUCGGACACCCUUGUGUUAAAUGGUUUGAGAGAAGCACACUAGAAUAUGUUGUUAAUUGUGUAGCUUUAUUUUUUUUUUCUUUAGCAUGGACUUCUCAGUGUAGAGGUAUCCAGUUAACAAGGCAUAAACUACAAGACAGGAUAUAUUGGAGACUUGUGAGGAGAAGUUUCAUGGUCUGUGCAGUAAUGGAAGCCGUCAAGGCUUGGAGAAUUUUGCAGAUGGAAAAUCUGUGACAAGUGUAACAUUGUACAUUUUAUCAGCAGAAAAAAACUCGACCAGUUGACCUAAACUUUCUCACAGGAACAUUUUUGUUAAAAAAAUACUAGUGAUGCUCUAUGAGAUUAUGCUAAGAACAACAGAACAAUCUAGUGGGAAGAGUGAAGCGAGUGUUAGGGAAUGAGGAAGAAUGAGUGGAGACUGUCAUCCAAUUUGCUUGACACCCACCACUCAAGCUUUUAGGAAGAGGCCGCAACAUUGGGCUUGUCAUCACGAGUGACGGGGAUCUUGCGCUCACUACGGCUGGAUUCGCUCCCCCCGCCAACCUUUGGCCCAGUCAGUGUCAGCAGGCCGUCUGCGGACAGCGUGCAGGUGAUGGCUGAUUGGUCCACACUGGAAGGGAGGCGGUAGCGUCGGUGAAACUCGCGGGAGAUGUAACCAUGGUCAUCCUGCAACAGAGAAAAGUCAGCUACUUUAGCCAAGGGCAUUAGCAGUAAUAUUUUCCAAAAUGAGUUGAUAAGACUCACCUGUCUCUCUCCAUGCUUGCCCUGGAUCUCUACAUAGUCAUCUGUGAUCUUCACACUCAGCUCGUCAGGAGAGAAGUGUUUGACGUCCAGAUAGACUGUGAACUUAUCCCUGUCAGACCUCACCUGGGAGGGAAGGACGUAAUUAAUCAUUUAAUCACAGUUUACACACUGUCAGCUCAGUUGUUACCUCUGACAUUCCAGAGUUGGAAGAAUCCAAAAAGCUGCGGAACAGGGACUGUCUGUAAUAAGGGCUUAUGGUGGAGGCAGCGUAGGGGAAGAGGUCAUAAUCAAACAUGCCCUCUCCAAAGAACUGAUCGAAGAGUCGAGCUGGGUAGACAGAGCCCAGGGCCCGUCUGAACCAGGGAUGCUGAAUGGCAAUAUCCAUCGUGGCUGUUAAGAGGUUUUAGUCUGGCACAGCUUGGCUUUGCUCAGGUAUUCAAAGGGGCUGUUCAGCUUAGAGUCCAGCAGGCAAAGAGGUGGAGGUCAGAGUGAUGAUGAAAACAGCGAAUGGAUCAACUUGCUCAACAGCUCCCUCUUUAUAUAUCUAAGAACCAGAAAGACAGGCUUUAGCUACGAUCCCUCUGGAAUGACAUUAUGUCAUGGUGAGUUUAGCACAGUCAGCAGAAAUUGGGUUGAGGAUGCACUGAUGGGGUCUGGGAUGGUGGGGUUUCAGGGUCGCUGAUGUGACUCAAUGACACCAGCAAGCCAGACACCCCGGGCCUGCCAAAACAAACCAUUCUCGAUGUGGAAGGCAGGACCAAUAGAAUCAGGUCAGGAAGUGAAUUGCUGUAUUGUUCCGUUGUGGGAGCCUGGGCCAAGAGUAGCGAAAAGACAAUGCUGGUCACUGGAUGAAGAGUUGAAAAAUUAAUGCAAAACAUUCUAAUCACACAAUUUACGGCCACUGGAAAGUAAAGGACAUACGUUAUCAGUCAGACAGUGCACUUAACACCCUGUAAAACAUUUCUUGUGGAAAGCUAUUCUUUUAAAAGGCCGUUGGUGUAGACAGAUAUUGGUUUUAUCCCAUGGGGAAAAUGUUGUCACGUGUAGUUUCAUGGAAGGACUCUACUGUGGGGGCGCAUAAUAUGAAAAUUUUUUGUGAUGUUUUUGUCAUGGGGCCCAGUAUCCCUGAAAUCCCUGCAGGCGGCACGCCAGGUCAAAACUUAACCAGGAAAAAUAUUUGUUUUUUUCUUUGCUGCCUGCUGUCCUUUUCCAUCCAUCCUUUGCUAAUCCGAAUGUGAAAUUAUAUGAAUGAAUGCACACAGGAUGACAACAGACUAAGCUAACUGAGCCCUGCUUUUGCCUCAAAGCCAGAUGUGCGUGCAUGCAAGAGGGAGGCAUCCAGGGAGCAUCCUUAUUUGAACUAGAACUUUGUCCACUGGCACACAUGAACAACUUCCAAUUUUGUGCUCUGAUAAUUUCCAAAAAUACUACUUCAUGUUAGAUUAUUUGAAGACCCUACAUUGCCUGCAGAUGUAAAUGUGAGUGAAUGGUUGCAUAGACUCCAGCCCCUUCCAUGACUUUGACCAGGAUGAGCAGCAUAGAAGAUAGAUAACGUAUAUUUGUUCCCAUUCUCCUGUGCAGGUGUGAAGUGUUGUGAACUUUAUAGCAACUCAUGGUCAGUGCCAGCACUAAUCUUUCCAGUGGCAACCUUUUUUUCCCCAAUCAGAAUAUGAGUGCUCUGUGGAACAUGGACGUAUACAAAAUUGAAGGAUACCCCAUGCAUAUUGUGGUUAUAAAAAUAACAUUUGCACUUUGUCACUAAAAUGUGUGAUUUUCAACCCAAUGUUAAAAAGCAAAAGAUAAGAAAUUUAACAUUCAGUUUUAACAAAAUCUAUGAAGACUAAAGAGGGGGUGACUUCCCAUGCCCAUUUCUCCACUAGUGGUAUUAGUCUAAUCCAGUAGGGCUUUGGCCUGUUAACACAGGCUUAGUUGCUCUAUGUACUCAUGGGCCAAGAGCAACUGGGCCAGGCAGCUACAGCAGUUGUAGAGUCGGGUGGUGGAGGUUGUCUGAAGUUUGGGGUCGGCGAGCUGCUGCCGACCGGACACAGACAUUGAUUAGACUAGCUUCAGUUCGCCAGAGUCAGCACUCUGGCUUUUUAAUCAAUGGGACAGACAAUUCCUGUGUGUUCAAAACGAGCUGCUUUGGCUGUCAACCUCUAUGGUUCUGGCUGUGCUAACAUGCAUGCUGUUAUUCAUUCACACAUUUUGAGUUUGAUGUGGAGGCACAUGAUCAGAUUGGAUUAUUUCUUUAUGUCUGCCUUGUGUGAAAUUUGAAUUAAAAAAAAGCUUUUAGAAUAUUGGGGUUUGUUGUUUCAAUAUUAUCUAUAGGUUUUAAGAUUUUGCUAGUUCAUUUUUAUCAGUUUGCCAAUAUUAGGUGAAAUUAAAAUAUUUUCUGUUACAUUGUAGGCCCAGUGGUUAGCAUGUGGCCACGCAUUCAGGAGAUCUGAAAGAUCUGGUUUCAAAUGUCUGUGUGGAGUCAAAAACAUGCCGACUCUAAAUUGUCAAUAGGUAUGAUUGAGGGCGAAUGGUUUGUCUAUAUGCCCUGUGAUUGGCUGGCGACCAGUCGAGGGUGUACCCCACCUCUUGCCCAAAGUUAGCUGGGAUAGGACAAGCGGCAUAGAAAUGAAUGAUUAUUGUGACGUUAGCUUGGACAUUGGGAUGCAGAGAUGAGGCUUCACAGAAGUGUGAGAAAAAAAAGAGCCCUGCAGGAUUAGACUAAUACCACUGGUGGUGAAACGGGCAUGGGAAGUGGACACACCCACCAGAGACAUAAAUAGGGAGACUCCACACUUAAAUAUUUAGAACUGAAGAAGCCGUUUGGAUUAAAGGUGAAACAUCUUCAACAAACAAGCGGAGUCCAGUUUCCUCAAUUCAACUUUAGCAGAUUACCAUGACCUGGAUGACUGAGAAUCUACACAAACAUGCUUGAGCUAAGGAACUGGGAGACAAAAAAAAACAAGCAAACAAAAAAACAGUAGUUGCUGGAGCAGUGUUGGAGAUGGCAGGGAGACCAGUAAUAAACAACAUAGCAAAGGAAGAGAACAUGACACUCGUGACACUAUCAAUGUCAUCAACACUUUUUUCUCUCUCCCAAAUUUAAGACGCUCUUUAGCAGGAAAAAAAAGCAAACUCCAUUGUGAACUGUGCAGCCUCGUGGGUAGAAGUUAAAGCCACUGUGUGACUCAUAAUUCUGUCUCAUAAAUAUUAACGUGCUGUUACUCUUACGAAUUAGGGGGGGUCACGAUACACUCAGCUCACGAGAUGAGAUGGUACGCGAUAUUGGCUUCACGAGAAUGAAACGAUAUUUUAACAUGACUUUAAAAAACUACAAUGACAACAUAUUGGACUUGACAGAUUUUUUUAUUGAACAGUCACAACAACAACAGUCACAACAGUACAUUUUGAAAGGAAGCAAAAAUCAUAAAAAGUUGAAAUAACGACGGCCGUUGUAGUUGCUACUAGUAAUAGUUUGUGGAAUAGAUGCUGCUAACACGUGCUUUGAUACAAGUGCUAUGCAACGAUUGUGUUUUGAUUUGACAAAUCUUAAGUAACUUUGAUCAAAGGUAGAAUUAUUACAGCUCUGUUUGGACAUUA